UUGAUUUAAAUAUUUUCAAAAAAUCUUGUAGUGAAAAAAAGUGUGCAAAAAGUGUACUGUUUGCUGCUUUAAUGUAUAUUGAUGAAAUAUAAGAUUUACAGUGAUGUAUAUUAUCAACUAGCACUUAACCUUAUCUGACUAACCCAAAACUGUUAUAGCUUUAAUGAUAGGUACCUUAUAUAUUUUACUAAUAUUUUUGGGUGACACUAAACAAAUUUUGAAAUUUCAGUAGAAUUAUGACCAUUUUUUUUUAUUAAUUGGUGGGGGGUUACAUUUGUGGUGCAGGGCCAGUGUGCUCCAUAUUUCCCCAGCCAAAAAGAAUUGCCAAUUCGCCCCUGGCUAUACCUACUGUUUUAGUUGAGGAAUCUAAUAGGUUAUUGUAUUUAUAGUUCAUCAUAUUAAAUAUGGAUAUCUUUUGAAUAAACCCAUCAUAUUUUUUCUUUCUUUUCCAUCUUAUUUUAAUUUACCUAUAUUGUAAAUAUUAAACAUUAAAAACAUUAUGAAACCAAUUCUUAGAACUAUGGAUUCAAAAAAUUAAAAAUUAAAAUAUGAUUAAAGUAAUCAGGAACCCUAAAAUCCUAAAACCAUAUUCGACUUACAAAUAGCAGAGCUAUUUUAAAACACUAGGAAAAAAAUAUAUUGCUAAAAGUCCCAGUCCUAUAAAUUAGUGUCAUAUUCAUUUCUCCAAUUAUUAUUAAGUUUACAAUGUUUACAUACUUAAGAUUUUAGAAUAAAUCAAAACAAUUUAUUAUUAUAGUUAUUAAAAUAACAUUUUACUGUUUUGGGUUUAGUGAUAGUGAAGAUGCAUUAAAUGAAGUAGUAGAAGAAACACCAUUACCAAUAGAUUUACCAAAGUUACCAGAAGAUCCAUUUUUAUCACCCUAUUUUGCAAAUGAUUAUCUUUUUAAACAGCUGCCACCUAUUCAUAUUGUGACAGUACACAUGGACCCAUGCUUAGAUGAUUGUGUUAUGUUUGCCAAACGGUUAAAAGAACUUGGAAAAAAAGUGAAUAUGGAUAUCUUAAAAGGAUUACCUCAUGGUUUCUUAAAUUUGGCUAUUACAUGUAAAGAAGCGCAUGAAGGAUCGGUAUUGUGUGCUCAACGGAUUGCAGAUUUAUUUAAAGAAAUUGAAAUAUGUGAAAGUUAAUAUUCGUUUUGAAUCUCAUUUCAUAACAAAUAAUUUGAUAAAUUGUAUAUAUUGUAUUCUACAUUCUGUACUUAAUAUUACUAUCUUGAUUUAAAAUAAUUAAAAUCAUGAAGUUAAAAUUCAAAAUUCUAGUAUUUGGUAUGAUUUUAAGUAUUAAGAG